CUUUGCAUUUCUAUGUGCAGAACUUGAAUUCUAAUGAAGAACUUAUUACUAUUACAGCAUUGGUGGAAUCAUGGUGCUUGUCCUAGAAGCAUCCUUCAUCUUUGUAUGUGCACCUCCACUCCAGAAGUUUGCCACAUACAUGUCGGAGAAGCCAACUUGGUAUAAAGCUGCACUUUAUUUAGCGCUUGGGAUCCCAUCUAUCCUGAUGUGCUUCCAACUUCUCUCAAUUUUCGGGAGUGGUUGCAUAUUUGUAACUGGUGUUUUCUAUGCUGCAGUAGCCCUAGGAAAAAAAGCUUCUAGAGAGGCAAUGAUGGCUUCUGCUAGGGGAAACCCGGACGCACAGAAGGCAUCUCUUGUUGAUGAUCCAGAUUUGUACUUCCUUCCUUCACUCACAAGUGGCACUUUCCAUUGUGAACUUUGUGACAUCACUGGGUUGACUGUGGUGUUUCCUCAUGCCAAAGAAGAGGCACAUCUACAAAUCUACAUUCCUGUUCUGAGUGUUUUUGAGUUGUUUCGCAUGAGAGCCCCAUUGGAGGACAUGCGAGCUGCAGCCCAACCAACUGACAAGAGAGACCUCGUCAAUGAAGGCAGCCUGCCAAACAUAUGGACUGUGGCACCUGUUGAGAAAGAAAAUAUAGCAAAUGCUCAAACUACCAUGAGCUCACACCUGAGUGCUGUA